AUGCCCGGGGUGGUGGUGUGGCCUUUGGGGGGUGAUGAGAUGAGGAGGGUGGAGCCCCCACGAAUGCGGUCAGAGUGCCCCCAGCCCUUUGGCCACUUGAGGACACGGGGAGAAGGCACCGUGUGUGAGCUGUGGAGAGGCCUCACCAGACAUGGCGCCUGCUGCGUGUUGAUCCUGGAUGUCCCUCCUGCAGGCUCUGAGGACUCGGCUCGUGUCCUGCUGCGACGAGCUCAGCAGACGGCCCCACCCCUGCUGUUCCGUCUCGCCAGCUUCCUGCUGUGGUCCCACCUGCUCCUGAGGGUUGCCUCCAGAGCGGGAGGCGAGCCUGCCCUUGCCCCCAUAGGAAAGUCCGUGGCAGGAAUGAAUCCUUCUUGCCUGACUCUCCUCCUGUCCUGA